UCAGAGUAGAACAGCUGGAUCGACAGAAUCCAGCUCACAGCUGAGGAUCGGUGAUCUUCCUCUAUUUCCACAAAGCCGAGAGUGUCAUCUGUCUCCUAUGUGCAUUUCUCAUUCCCACAGGAUAUGAAGCAUUCUCUACUGGAGCAGUGACACCAAGAUAAUGGACUUUUGUGUGCAGUAGAGGACACGACUGUCAUCUGCUAAACAAAAGGCCCCUGUGAGCAUCUGUCUGGGAUGGAUGGCCAGGUGGAGGAGCUGAAUGGGACUGAGUUGGAAGGACAGAGCUUUCUGCGCUUCAACCCGACAACUCUUUCCACUGGGGCUGCGGCGGCCUCGUCCAGCCGCACUGAAAGUGUCUACGUCUACCUUUCUAUUUUCCUUAGCUUGCUGCUGUUUCUCCUUACCCUGCUUGUCAUCACCCUGCACAGGCUGAAAAACAUAAUCUCUUCCAGUUCAUCAUAUCCAGAGUGCAGCAGCGAGGCAGGCAGUUCAUUCACUAACAUGGAGAUCUGUAGCCUGUCUUCACAGAGAUCAACAGUGUCAUCAAUGUCCUGCUAGUGAUACACAUGAGGCUAACAAACAAGGCCAAUUAAGGUUAAAAUAAAUGCAAAAGUUUUAUAACAUUAAAUAAUUAUUUUUAUGACUUAUUGCUCUAGUCAUCAACUUAUGUAACAGACUUUAGAAACAACCAGCAAACAUAUUCAUAAGAGUAAUACAAAAAAAUAAAAAUAAAAAAAACCCACUGUUUGAGCAAACAAAUUCAAUUUUGGGAAAAAAAAAGAUUACAAGUAAAAUUAACGAUAUAAUCUACUUAAAAAAUACAACUGAGAAACGUGUAUCAAGAAAAAUAUAGGAAAGAUAAAUAUUCAGUAUAUUGUGUCCACAAAUUUCACAAUUUUUACUGAUAUUGUAAGCUCACAGCUUGUGUUGGCAAUGUGUGUAUGAUAAUGAUGACCUAGAAAAAUGCAAAUAAAAAAGAUUGCAACUGUAGCUGUCAAGUGUAAAGUGUAUAAAUAUUGCUGCUUUAAAGAACAGAUGUAGACUUUUUUUAAUACAGAAUUUAAAAAAGAGAGAGAAUUAAGAGUAUGAUUCACAGUGUGUAGUGGUACACCAGGAAUGAGAAUCUUAAUUGUAAUGUAGAACCUAUGUAGAGGCUAUCCAGUGUUCACAGAAAAGCCACCAGACCAUCC